AUGGCUGCCUGUGCUAAUGGAUGCCGACUGGGUGGACGGCCUCAGACCGUCUUCGCGGAUUCCGCGGCGUGGCUCUCUCGCAGAUGCUGCCGUCCACGGGCCAAUGUAUUUUGUCGUAAGUGCCAGGAGCUGCGCAAGUCCUCCUCCAGAACGUUGCCAGCGUUGUUGCAAUGCUCCGUGCCUGGUUCCGGCGCCGACGCGGCCGCCCUCGCAGCCUCCCACGAACAUACGUGCCAGUCCGCUGCGCGUGCUUCGUCGUUUGCGCACGCGACGGAGACAACCGACGCGGUGGUGCGUGAGGGGAGCGCGCCCAGCGCCUCGCCGCAAAAACAAACAUCAUCCUUCGGUCACCCAGCGCAUACGCAUUUUGCAGUGGCGCGUUCGACACACGCCUCGGUUUUGCUGAACUUCUCUGGCUCGCUGACGCAUCGGCGCUUCUACUCCGAGGCGAAAGGCCAGACUGCAGCUCUGGCCACGAUGCAAGAUCCUGUCGAGGUUCUCAACUUCUUUGCCGUCAACGAAUUGGCCUCCACGCAUUUGCUCGUCAGUUGCCUUCGGCGGGUAUCUGCUCUCUGCGAUAAGCGCAAACCCGUCCUCGAGUCUGUGUCGAAAGACGAACGCCUGCAGAAGCUUAUUCAGGUCAUUACGCAGCGUGCAGAUGACUGCGACGCUCGGUGCCUCGUAGACCUCUGCUGGGCUGUGUGGGGCUUCCGCGCAGCGCCCGACGUCGUUGAACAGCUGAUGAACCGAAUGGCGAACGUCAUUGUGCGCCGCGAGAACGCCUUCACUCCGAAACAGCUAGGGACGAUUGCCUUCACAUUCUCGUGGUUCCGCGGCACGCCCACUGACACAGUCGCGGACUUUGUCCUGGCGGAGUGCGUGAAGCUGCUGCCUGAGAUGGAGCCGUUUCACGUCACACUGCUCUUCGGAUCUCUCCGUAGGAUGCGGUGCCUCAACAGGGAUGUGGCCAACCUCAUGAUUGAGAAGCUAACGGACGAUGUCGACCGCUUCACCAGCGAUGACGUUGUCGGCGUCUUAAGAGCCUUGGCGGCAAACUCGAUCACACGGGGCUUUUUGCUGCGGCGCGUGGCCACCUUGGUGUUUGACAACAUGGACUCGUUCACGCCGAAGCAGUUGGCGAGCAUCCUCAACAGCCUCUCCCUGCUUCGUUUCCUCACUGUCGAGAACGGAGAAGAGCUCUUGUCGCGCCUGCGCAGCUCCCUCUACGAGCUCCCCGCUACGUCUGUGGCUGAAAUUUUGGAGGCCCUCACCAUCCUCAACUUUCCUCGACCGGAGGCUGUUCGCACGUGCAUCGAUCUCAUCGCUGAGAAGAACGGCGCCGUGGAAACAGAAGUCUGGCUUCGUGACCACAUGGUGAUCGUGGCGCAUGCCGUCAUCCAGUUUCAGCUCUACGACAAGAACCCCGUCGUCAAGCCUCUGCUCGAAGAAGUGUUCCGUUCUCGGGUCAAUUCGUCAAGGACGCACCACAGAGUUGAGGAAAUUAUUCAUGCGCUGGAGCUGGAGAAGGCGUCGCCGCGCGUCGACGUGCCCCCGAACUGGCGCGCAAUGGUUGACCAAGCGAACCGAGAGGAGCAGGCGCGACUUGAAUAUAGCGGCCUUCAGAAUGAGCUGACGCUCGUCCUCGACUCUCUUCGGGGCAAGUUCCAGCUGCAAAUUCAAAAGAACCAGCCCGCCGGCCCGUACAACGUCCAGUUUCUUGACGAUGAAACGAAGAUCUGCCUCGAGAUCGACUACCCGUGCUGCCGAACUCCUCAUAUCAUCAAAGGCAGGCACCUCAAGCAGCUCGGUUACCGCUAUCUACUUGUCGACUGUUGGCAAUGGAGAAGACUCCGGUCGGAGGCUGAACAGACUGUCUUCCUUAAGCAGCUGCUCUCCGGUCCUCUAUUGGAGCUGGGCCGUCUCGAGAGUGAUGAGCCCGAGCACUGA